AUGAAAAUUAAUAACAAUAAUAACAACGAUACGUAAAAUUCUUAGGCAUAAAAGAAUUUUAAUCAAUAGAUCAAGCUAGAGGCAGAUGAUUUCAAGAGACAGUUCAAGUUUAUAGACAAAGAGAAACUUUUCAUGGAACUUCAAAAUUACAAAAUCGAAAACAACAAUCUAAAAGAGGAGAACACCAAGUUACGUACGCGCAUACAACAGACCGAGAAAGAGCUCCUCAAUUAUGAGAGACUCUGCGAGAACAUGACCGAGUAGACACCAAACAAGAAGAAGGCCAAUGAGUUACUACUCAUCCAACUCAAAAAACAGAACAAGGACCUCCAAUAGUCACUCAAAGAACGUACAGUCUAAGUUGACCACCUCAAAAAAAACACCAAAGUCACCAAAUUUCAAGAGCUAGAGUGUGAUCGCAAGGCCUAUUUUGAUGAAACCGUGCGUAUGCGUAAACUUAUAGAAGAGAGUUAAUCAUAAUUCUAAUCUAUGUUGAGUAAAUACAAUCAAAGUCUUCAACUUGAAAGUGAAGUUUAGAAGCUACUCAAAACAAAUGAAAAUCUGAUUGCUGAAAAUAAAGCACUCAAUCAAAAGAGUCAGCAAUCAGAUGAAAUGAUGCGAUAGCUCCAAGUAUUUUGUCCAUACAUUUAUUUAGCAAUUGUACAAACUUAACCAAUAGAAACAAUAAACUUUGGACAAACAUAUCUAAGAUCUAAAAAAUCAAAUAAAGAAUUAUAAACAGACAAAACCAAUCUUAAAUAGACCAUUAAAUAGAUGUAGGAAGCACAAUACUAGCAUCUUCAAUAACCACAACCAAAACCAAAAAAAGACCCUACUCCUCGCCAACCCUAAUUAUCCAGUUUAAUUUUAGAUGAAUUGAGAUUCAAAUUGAUUUACCGAGCCAUUACAGUCGAGUAAUUCGCUGAAAUGUUGGAAGGCUUGAAGUAACAAGCACGAGAAUAGAAUGUGACAGUUAAAGUCGAUGAUUUAAGACAUAUCUUUGCUCAAGAGCCAUUUACAUACACAGAUCCAAACAAAGUACAAUCCAUAUUAAACUCACUUAAUGGUCAUGGCAACCAGUUAGUAGAGAAUUUGAAAUCCCUGAUUGGAAAUUACAAGACUUUCAUGAAUUUUCCAACUUUCGAUUUUGAAUAAGCCCAAAUUAAGAUGAAGGCCCAAUUGAAACAAAACGAGAAGAAGAUACAAGAAUUUUGGAGCAAGCAAAAAAUUAAAGGAGAUGUUGUCACCAAAUCAGAUGUUCGAAAGAUGUUAAACUCCCUUUCUUUGAAUUGGCAGGAACCCGAGAAUCUCUUCUAUUUCCUAUAAAUAUUUGAGAAAUCAGGAGAAGACCUAUAGCAUAUCCCAAUAAUUGAUACUUAUGACCCAUUUACUAUAGAUGAUCCAUCGCAGUAAAACCCAAUGACUGGACACUAGAAUAUGAGAAUAUCUGAAGAAUCAGAUGAGGAAUUGUUUGACAAAUAGAGUCAAGAUUAUUCGCUAGAUGAGAAUGCCGUCAAGAAGAAGAAAGAACAAGAUCAGGGUAUUGUAUUCAGAGAUGAGGGACAUAUUGUUUAGCAAUAAGGACGGUAAUAAUAGGAGUUUGAUAAAGAGGAAAAUGGAGAUGAGAAUGAAAAUUAUGAUGAAAAUGAGAAUUACAAUGAAAAUGAAGAUGAAAAUUAACAUGAGGAGGAGGAUCAUUAAUAGAGAGGUUCUGAAUAAGAUAAUGGAGAUGGGAAUGAUCACUAUGAAUAGGACGAAUAUGAGUAGAAUGAAUAGGAUGGAUAAUAGGAGGGACAUCAGGAAAACGAGCAAGAAGAUUAGAAUUAAGAAAAUGAGAAUAAUAAUCAUGAAGAAUAAUAAAAUGAAUAUGAAAAUGAAGAAUUUGAUUGAUUUAUUUAAAAAUAAUAUGAGUACGCAUUUAAUUUUAAUUA